CCUCUCCCUAAAUCCGCCGCAUUUGACUGCCCGUUUUCUUCCCAAGUAACGACAUCCUCCCGCGCAGCCUCGAUAACCCAGUAGAUCCAACGCGGCGGAUUAGGUCGGCAAAGGUACACAUUGCCUAUGCGAUACCAGCACGCCGCCUUUCGUGAUGCCCAGUUCAUUGGUCGCGAGGACAACAUUGGUGCUGCUCGCUUGAGAACAUGGCGGACCUCGAGGUCACUGAGCCUGUUGAGAACGAGCAGCAGUUUUGGCACGCCCUGAACAGCAUCCUUUCCGCCCCCUGCCCUACCCCCGAGUCCCUCGACGACGUUCUGCGAUCAUGGCUUGAACUGGUCGCGACCGGCCGGGACCGCUAUCUCGACGAUGAAGACGACAUUGCGACUUGUUCCCAACAGCUCCGACUUAGCAGCAUCUUCAGACAGAACGCCGACUAUGUCCGUACCCAGAUCAUAUACAGCCUAUUGCAGGAGGACGAGUACGGGCCGUUGCAUGUCAUUUCCAACUUCCUCCUGCUAGAUGGCCGUGCCGAGGAAGAGACAUUCCGGCGCAUGGUCAACGAAGGAUGUUUUUUGCGACUGCUCGAGCUCAUCAAGAGUUGCGGCGCGCACGAUGGCCGUCUUCACCGACUACUUCUCGAGUUGAUGUACGAGAUGUCUCGCAUCGAAAAGUUGCCGCAUCAAGACUUGGCUCAGGUAGAAGACGAAUUCGUCAUUUACCUCUUCCAACUUAUCGAGGCCUUCUCUGACGACGUGGACGAUCCGUACCAUUACGCCGUUAUUCGUGUCCUGGCGACAUAUGAAUACUUUUACACCAACGACUUGCGCGUCCUUCUUGACGUCAUCAUUCGUAAUCUGCUCGACUUGCCAGUGGAAAUGAAUACCUUGAGACACACAUAUCUGCGCGUUCUCGCUCCAUUAUUAUCGCACACCCAGCUCAGCCAGCCGCCACAUUACAAGCGCGAUCAAAUUCUUAGCUUGCUUGAAAUACUUCGUGGCUCAGGAAGUGCGCACUUCCUACCGCCCGAGCCAACUACCCUCCGCUUGGUUGAGCGUGUCGCAAAUAUUCCAUGGCUAGUGGACGAUGAGGGCGUCUUGAGUCCUGUUCCCAUGAAGAGCCUCACGCAGGCGCAAAACGGUAGUACCGUUAGCGUCAUUGCAAACGUCCACGAGAAGCCAGGUAUAGAAACACCAAGCAGAAAAUCAAAUCUCGCUCGUGAGCUCAGGCAUGAACAGGAGGAUGCGGAAGACACCGUGAGGUCAAUAAUCGCCGUCAGUCCCGCGAGUGAUACGCCAGAAACUACAACCUCGAAUCUCUCGGUAUCGAGUACCACCGAAGGGCAUAAAGCAGCAGGCCGUCGAAAGCCGUCACCACCGCCGGCAAGACGGCUGAGGGCCCAGAAAUCGCUUCCUAUUGUUCCAAAGCAUCGCCAUGGUGUGCCGGUCUCCCCGCAACCACCACAUACGCCAACAAGGAUGAUCGAGAAUUCCACAUUUGCCCAAGGUGACAAGCACGGGGUUGCUGCUGCUAGCAGCUCAUCACCGACAGCGGCUUCGGCUGCGGAAGCCGUAUCUGGUGAUGGCAAGGUGAGUGGACCAGUGGCCAAAAAGCAGCCCCCCAAGCUCCCCCCUCCACGGCGCGGCAAACUCAGGGCUGUCAACAGUUUGUCGACAUUACAUCCGGUGACGGAGUCGCUACCCCAAACUGGGUCGACACCGGUAGCUUAG